AGCAGGGAAGAGCCUUGGUCCCCUCAGCUUGCCUCAGCAUCUCUGCUCACGCGCCUCCAGACGCCUACUAAACCGCCACGAUGGCCUUCGCCGGAAAAUGGGAAACCGAGAGCCAGGAGGGGUACGACGCCUUCUGCAAGCUGCUGGGAAUCCCCGAUGACAUCAUAGAGAAGGGCCGUGACUACAAGCUGGUCACGGAGGUCACCCAGGACGGGGACAACUUCUCCUGGAGCCAGAUUUACCCCACCAACGCCAAGGUCACCAACACAUUCACCAUCAACAAGGAGUGCGACAUGGAGACCAUCGGGGGGAAGAAAUUCAAGGCUACCGUGCACAUGGAGGGAGGCAAGCUGACCACGACCUUCCCCAACUACCAACACACCACUGAGAUCACCGGAGGCAAGCUCAUUGAGACCUCCAUAGCCGGCUCCGUAGUACUGAAGAGAACCAGUAAGAAGAUCUAACCACUAACUGACCUUUGACCUAUUGAACAGUUACAGCUACUACUGCAACGAAUAAACAAUAAAUCCAAAUAUGG